AUGGCUAGCCUGCAGGUGGGUGCAGGUGUCAGGGGUGUGGAUGUGUUAUCGGAGGCCGGCUAUCUGGUCAAAGUGCAAAGCAGUUGUGCUUCACCUUGGAGUGGCGAAACUGUACCACACAGAUCAACGACGGAGUACUACAACAAGGUCGCUGAAAUGAAGCAAGAAAAGAGUCAGUGGAAGGAGUUUCUAGAGACUCUGAGUGUCCUGCAGGCGCUGAUGACCUUCCUCCUGCUGGGUGCGGCCUGUGUGGUGGUGAUGGUGUGGUGCAUGUUCACCUCUCUGUGGCCGCUAACCACCCUGUACUUCAUAUGGUUGGUACAAGACUGGCACACCCCUGAAAGAGGGGGAAGAAGAACAGAGUUUUUGAGGAACUGGACAGUGUGGAAGCACGUCAGAGACUAUUUUCCAAUCAAGUUGGUGAAGACGGCUGAGAUGAACCCAAACAGGAACUAUGUGUUUGGCUGUCACCCACAUGGCAUCAUGAGUGUCGGAGCCUUCACGUGCUUCAGCACAGAAAGCUGUGGCUUUGCAGAAACGUUCCCCGGGAUGCGCUCCUCGCUGGCUGUUCUGGCUGGCCUCUUCAAGAUACCCCUCUUCAGAGAGUACAUCAUGAAUGCAGGCCUGUAUCCCGUUAGCAAGGCCGCUCUCGCACAUCUCCUCUCAAAGAGCGGCAAAGGAAAUGCUGUGGUGAUCGUGAUAGGAGGUGCAGCCGAGUCUCUGGCGUCCUCGCCUGGGGUCAACACAGUGGUGGUCAGACAGAGGAAGGGGUUUGUGAGGGUGGCUCUUGAGUUUGGGGCUGACCUGGUGCCUGUUUACUCAUUCGGGGAGAAUGAACUGUUUCGCCAGGUGAUCUUCUCGGAGGGCAGCGUGGGUCGGAAGCUGCAGGACCUGUUUAAAAAUGUCAUGGGUUUUGCCCCCUGUCUGUUCCUCGGUGAGCGACUGGGUUGGCUGCCCUACAGAAGUCCAGUAACUACUGUUGUGGGAAAACCCAUCUCGGUGCCAAAGUGUGUUUCCCCUUCGGAGGAGGAUGUGGACCACUAUCAUGGCCUGUACAUGGACGCCUUGGCCAAGUUGUUUCAUGAACACAAGGUUAGCUGUGGACUCUCUGAAGAUCAUGAGCUUCGGAUUAUUUAAACUUUCACUCCCACAUCAUACAUAUAUAUCACAUCAUAUACAUCAUAUAUAUAUAUAUAUAUAUAUAUAUAUAUAUAUAUAUAUAUAUAUAUAUAUAUGAUGUGAACCGCCAUGCUGUCUUCAGUACUGGCACUUCUUGAAUGAAAGCUGAUAUUCUGGCCUUAAUGCAACAGCUCUUGUAAAAGGGUUUCCUGGUGUGUAACUUUUGAAUGCAUUUGAACAUGUUUGAAAUUAUUACUUACUUUAAGAAACUUAAAUUGUACAUUUCUUCAGUUCAGGGUGCCACGUACACCAAAACAGUAAAACAGAGUAGUAUUGCAGUAUUUUGUGUUACCUGUGAUUAAAAAAAUAAAAACAAGAAAUGACUUACCUAAUAUGUAUAUUACAAUAAAUGCUUAUUGUGAUGAAUUAUAUAUUUUGGAGUUAUUGAUGCAUUUGUAAAGUGGA